UCUUAGCACUCACAAGGGAGCAGAGGCAUCUCUACCAUGUCUGGAAACUGCUGUUCUAGGAAAUGCCCGUCUGUGCCAGGCAUCUCUCUCUGCUCCACUGAGGUGAGCUGCGGAGGACCUGUCUGUUUGCCCAGUUCCUGCCAGAGCCAGACAUGGCAACUGGUGACUUGCCAAGGCAGCUGUGAAUCAUCUAGCUGUGGCCCACAGUGCUGUCAGCCCUCCUGUGCUGUGAGCAGCUGUGCCCAACCUGUGUGCUGUGAAGCCACCACCUGUGAGCCUUCCUGUGCUGUGAGCAGCUGUGCCCAACCUGUGUGCUAUGAAGCCACCAUCUGUGAACCUUCCUGUGCUGUGAACAGCUGUGCCCAACCUGUGUGCUGUGAAGCCACCACCUGUGAGCCUUCCUGUGCUGUGAGCAGCUGUGCCCAACCUGUGUGCUAUGAAGCCACCAUCUGUGAGCCCUCCUGUUCUAUGAACAGCUGUGCCCAACCUGUGUGCUGUGAAGCCACCAUCUGUGAGCCCUCCUGUGCUGUGAAUAGCUGUGCCCAACCUGUGUGCUAUGAAGCCACCAUCUGUGAGCCCUCCUGUGCUGUGAAUAGCUGUGCCCAACCUGUGUGCUGUGAAGCCACCAUCUGUGAGCCUUCUUGCUCAGUGAGCAGUUGCUGCCAACCUGUGUGCUGUGAGACUCCUUCCUGCCAGCCAGUCCUCUGUGUACCCACUCCCUGCCAGUCCAUUCUGUGCAAACCCAGCUGCUGCCAGCCGGUCAUCUGUGAGCCCAGCUGCUGUUCAGCUGUCUGCACUGUGCCAAGUUCCUGCCAACCAGUGGUCUGUGAACCCACUCGCUGUCAGCCAGUCUGCCCCACACCUAGCUGCUGUCCCUCUGUCCGCUCUGUGGCUAAUAGCUGCCAGGCUGUCUGCUGUGACCCCAGUCCUUGUGAGCCAUCUUGCUCAGAGCCCAGCAGCUGCCAGCCAGCUACCUGUGUGGCUCUGGUCUGUGAGCCUGUCUGUCUUCGUUCUGUCUGCUGUAUUCCAAGCCCUUGUGAGCCACCUUGUGUCUCUAACACUUGCCAAGAGACCUCUUGUUGCAUCUCCAGCCUCUGCCAACCCAUCUGCUCUGAGCCCAGCCCUUGUUCAGCAAGUAUCUGUGUGCCCAGGCCAUGUCAACCUCCCUGCUAUGUAGUCAAGCGCUGCCGGUCCAUCUCCUGUGAGCCUGUUUCCUGCCCAUCUACCUCCUGCCAACCUCUUUGCGGCCGCCCUGGGUCUUCUGCCUCUGCCAUCUGCCAACCUACUUGCUCUCGGACCUUCUACAUACCCAGCUCCUGCAAACAUCCUUGCACUCCUUCAGUUUCUUACCGCCCAAUCUGUCGCCCAAUCUGCUCUGGACCCAUCACUUAUAGGCAGCCUUAUGUGACCUCCAUCUCCUAUCGCCCUGCCUGCUACCGCCCAUGCUACUCCAUCCUGCGCCGCCCAGCCUGUGUCACUUCGCUCUCUUACCGUCCGGUCUGCUCUCGCCUGCCUUGUGCUGACUUCUGUAAAAAGGAUUGCAAGAAAUCUACUUCCAGUCAACAAGAUUGCACCGACUCAACAUCCUGCAAGGCUGAGGUCUCAAAUGCCAGUCCCUGCCAGACCACUGAAGCCAAACCCACCAGCCCAACCACCCGUGAGGCCGCAGCCAGCCCGCCUACUGCUGCCAAGCCUGCUGACCACUAAUCUGGCCUCAGCCUAUUGAUUCCUGCAAAGCAAACCUCCAGCUAGAGAGAAAUCUUAACUGCCCUCCCCAAAGCUCACAAUGACUUAGUUAGAAUUUUUCUGCAUCAUCACUCACCAUCUUCUUAUACUUAAAGAACUCACCAGAAAUAUCCGUGUCCUAAUGGUCCAAAUGAAGGCCCCCUGGACACCUAGAGUGGAGACAUUCUGGAUUCCUGCCUGCUGCUGCCAUUAAGCUGAGAAGAGCUGCUUUACCACAUCAUUUUGAGUCUCUUUCCCAGCAUUAAGUUUUUUCUUUCCUCAUGCAUGUGCUCCCUUGCUGGGUGUGCUCACAUUCCUUGGGGACCUCUUCCAUAAAAAAAAAGAUAUUUACCUGUCCAAUAAAGUGGCUAAGUUGAAGUGA